UAUGCAUGUGUGUCAAUAUAUGCAUAUAUAUAUAAGACCUUUUUCUUAGAAUAGAUACAGUUACAAGAGUAUCUUCUUCAGAUAACCUUUCUGCCUCUCCUGAGAAAAUAUUCGAAGAUAAAAAUCUUACCAUACAAAAUUAAAUUUGUCCUUGGAAAAUUCAAACCUUAAUUGAAAUGGCAAGUUACUGUCACACACCCUCCAGGCACCCGCUCAACUUUGCCACUAUUCCAGAAAAACUACAUCAGCUUGCUAUCGAAGAUCCAGAAAAAGAUGCAAUAGUUAUCUAUGACAGCAAACUCCAAAGGACAAGUUUCACAAGGAAACAACUCUAUGAUGAAACGGAGAGUGUUGCUAGAGCCCUUGUCAAACAAGGAAUCAAGAAAGGUGAUCGAAUUGCCCUCUGUGUAUCGAACUGUGUGGAGUGGAUUGCAUAUGACAGCGGCAUUAUGAUGGCAGGAGGGUGUUCAGUGAGGCUGUUUGCUGGACAAGCCGAUUUUUUACCCAUGUUAGAAGAUUGUGUGGCAGUAAUUUUUGACUCAGAGCCAACAUUUUACAACAAAUUACUUAAAGUAGCAAAUAUCUUAGAAGAUGGCACUGUAAUCAGUGAAACGUACUCAAAACUGCGUCUUGCUAUUACUGUUGCAAACACAAAUUCAGAUAUUAAAGGUUUAUCUUUAGAUGAGAUGAAAGAAACGGCAAAGAACGAUCUGAACAUAAUUCUUCCUCGAGUGGACCCCGAAGAUAUCACAAUUAUUGCACAAACAUCUGGAUCAACAGGAAAACCUAAGCGGGUUACUCAUAGUAGUUUUGAUAUUGUUAAUUGUUCCGAGAUGUUUUGUGAUCUUUAUAAUUUAACUGGCGACGAUGCAGUUUUCAUAUCCCGUUAUUUUGGCUUUGGAGGAGGGUACCCUUUCCCGUUUAUCGGAAAUGGAUCUAAAUUUGUCGACGCAGAAUUACGUAGCAUAAACUACCCAAAAGAUUUUUCUAAAUAUAGAGAUCUCGCGAAAAUAGAGGGCUGUACUUGGUUGAAUAUGCUUCCGUCAGAUUUACGUUACUGCACGGAAGGAAAAAAUGUUGCACCUAACAUAAUGACAGGAGGUGAUAUAGCUUCUUUUGACGCGGUGAAACAAGGUUUAAAUUGGGCAUCGACGAUUGAUUACCAUUUAGCAAGUGCUGAGACUCUUUUAAUUGGAUCAAUGACGAUAACCAAGCAUAAUAUAGGAGAUUAUGUUCCUGGAAUAAUUGGUCGACCAUUUCCUAAUACUGAAGCUAAAAUUGUGGAUGAUAAAAACUGCAUUGUCGACAUCGGUCAAGAAGGUUAUUUAUGUGUUCGAAGUAAAUGGUGCACAAAAGUAACUACUAAUGGAGAAUCUGUUCAACAAAAUGGAUGGUUUAAGACAAGAGACAUAUGUAAAAUGAAUGAAAAGAAGGAAAUAUUUCUGGUUAGCAGAGAUGAUCUGUUCAUUCAGAAAGAAACUAGAAAAAUAGGAAUUACAUUUGUUGAGCAGCAUAUGAAACGUCACCCAGAUAUUGAUGACGUCAUUCUUGUCCCUGUGCCAGAUGAAGAUCUUCAAUUAAAAGCCUGUGCUUGUGUCAUUAUGAAAUCUGGAAAAAAAUUUGAUCAGAAAAAUAUUCUUCAAUUCUGCAUGGAAAACCUUCCUCAGCCAAAGGAUUUUGACUAUAUAUCAUCAAACCCUGAUUAUAUUAUACAGUUCGACAAAUUUUCCAAAUUGAUAAAUGGCAAGGUUGACAGAAUCUCAAUAAAGGACAUGGCAAUUAAAUCUCUCGUUCAAUCACAUUCUUUGUGUGCGAAAACAAAAUAAUCUAAUCCAGGGAAUAAGGAUU